AUGUUCUCUAGAUUCGUCACAAAGGUUGCCCCAAGAUGCAACUCAAUUAGAAACUAUGCAUCACAAUCAUCAUUCAUGGUUAACAAUACAACAACCUUCCCAAGUCAACAUUUCGAUAAAUAUAGAACUGAACCAUCGACUGUUGAUCCAGAGGGACGUGGAUAUACAUAUAUGGUAGUUGGUGGUGCUGCUACCGGUCUUGCAGCGAUGGCCAAGAAUACCGUUGUCUCUGCACUCUCGACAAUGGCACCAGGUCAAGAUAUUCUUGCGUUGUCAUCGAUUGAGAUCGAUCUCUCUUCAAUUCCAGAGGCGACCGCCGUCACCUUGAAGUGGCGUGGUAAGCCAUUGUUCAUCAGACAUCGUUCGUCCGAAGAGAUCGAAUCCUCAAAGGAGGUUGAUGUCACCUCACUCCCAGACCCAGAGGCUGACGACAAGCGUGCCAAGGUACCAGAGUGGGUCGUUCUCGUCGGUGUCUGCACACAUUUGGGUUGCAUUCCAAUUGCUGGUGGUGGUGAUUUCGGUGGUUGGUACUGCCCAUGCCACGGUUCUCACUAUGACAACGCCGGUCGUAUUCGUAAGGGUCCAGCUCCCCAAAAUCUUAUCAUCCCACCAUAUAAAUUCUUGAGUUCAGAGCACAUCAUUGUCGGUGAUGAAUAA